AUGGAAAAAACGAUUGAACAACGCUACGCGAUAAAAUUUUGUGUCAAAGUGAACAAAACUGCCAAGGAAACCUUCGAUAUGCUUCAGGAGGGUUAUGGGGAGGCUUGCAUGUCCUAUUCGCAGGCAAAAAAGUGGCACAAAGCUUUCAAAGAGAGUCGUGAGGAUGUCACCGACGAGGCCCGGUCUGGACGCCCUUCAACCUCGAAAACGGACAACAAUGUGAGUUGUGUGCGCGAGUUGUUGAACUCAGACCGCCGAAUGAGUGUUCGUUUGUUGUCAGACUCGUUGAACUUGCCGAAAAUAAUUGUCCACGAGAGUGUGUCGGAAGAAUUGGGCAUGCGAAAGAUUUGCGCAAAACUUGUGCCCAAAGUUUUGACCGAUGCUCAAAAAACGCAUCGCUUGGAAGUCUCCAAGGAGAUGAAAAAAAUGUGUAGGGACAACCCUAAUUUUUUGGACAACGUCAUCACUGGAGAUGAGUCAUGGAUAUUCGAGUACGACCCAGAAACGAAAAGACAGAGUGCGGAAUGGCACACCACGGCGUCGCCUCGCCAGAAAAAAGCUCGAGCAAGUCACGCGUGA